AUGGCGGAACACAACAUUGUGGUUUUUCGCGGCGACCAUUGCGGGCCAGAGGUCGUUGCAGAGGCUGUAAAGGUUCUCAACGCACUUCAGCAGCACAGACCUAGCGUCGGCAAAUUCGUGCUCAAUGAGCAGCUGCUAGGCGGUUGUUCCAUCGACGCCACAGGCAGCCCGCUCACAGAUGAAGCGCUCAACGCCGCGAAAUCCGCCGACGCCGUCAUUCUCGGCGCAAUCGGCGGCCCGGAAUGGGGCACCGGCGCCGUUCGCCCGGAGCAGGGUCUGCUCCGGCUGCGCAAGGAGAUGGGAACAUACGGAAACCUGCGCCCUUGCUUUUUCGCCUCGGAGGCUCUUGUCGACUCGUCGCCGCUCAAGGCCGAGGUGUGCCGGGGCACCGACAUUGUCAUUGUGCGCGAACUGACUGGCGGUAUAUACUUUGGCGAGCGCAAGGAAGACGACGGGUCGGGCACCGCGUGGGACUCGGAGCCCUACUCCCGCGUCGAGAUUGAGCGCGUGGCCCGUCUGGCCGGCUUCUUGGCGCGCGGCCGUGGAGACAAGACGGUGUGGUCUCUGGACAAGGCCAAUGUGCUGGCCACGAGCCGUCUGUGGCGAAAGGUCAUGACCGAGACGUUUGCCAGCGAGUUUCCCGAUCUGAAGAUUGAGCACCAGCUCAUCGACAGCGCGGCCAUGAUUCUCGUCAAGAACCCGAGAGGGCUGAACGGCGUCGUGGUGACUAGCAACCUCUUUGGCGACAUCAUCAGCGACGAGGCGAGCGUGAUCCCCGGCAGCAUUGGUCUUCUCCCGAGUGCGAGCUUGAGCGGCAUCCCCGACGGCAAGGGCAAAUGCAACGGCAUCUAUGAGCCCAUACACGGCUCGGCUCCCGAUAUCUCCGGACAGGGCACCGUCAACCCCAUCGGCACCAUCUUGUCGGUUGCCAUGAUGCUGCGAUACUCGCUCAACCUACCGGAAGAAGCCAAGGCUGUGGAGGCCGCUGUCAAGUCCGCCAUUGACGGCGGACUCAGGACGAGAGAUAUAGGGGGCAAUGCCGGCACCAAAGAAGUCGGCGACGAGGUGGUCAAACACCUCAUCACCAUCCUAGCCAAGGAGGCUUAG